AGUUAUACUACACCUUCCAUAGGUGUGCCCUCCAACAGUGAUAACCCAUAUAUUUCCAGAACUUCACAGCCGCUGGGAACAGUUUUUAUCGCGGUUGGCAGCGUUGUCAUUGUCAUCUUGCUUGGUUUUGCUCUUUUCCACUUGCUCAAAUCUUUUACAGCGUCGUCCUUGGCCAAAAGAACCGUCAAUAAUGAGAAGGUGGCCUACCAAGAAUUCGCGCACAACAACAAUGUUGCAUAUGGACAGCCAGGACUUUUCAAUAACAUGGAAUACAAGGGCUCAGUGUCCAAGUUGCCACAUGUGAAUGGCUCGCAAUUCCUGUCGGGAAUGGGUGGUCUUGCAACCGAAUACUCCAGCUCAGGCAUCUCAGAUACUGAGCGAGCAGCCUCCCGGCACGAUUUGACGAAUAUGUUUAUUUCUCCAACAAAGGAAAUGACGAGCAAUCGCACAGGCUCGCAUAACUUCAGUAAUUCCGUGACUAGCUUGUCCGUAUUUGGCAGAUCUUACACGGAUAUGGGACAUGGGACACCCCCCAACAGAAACGCAUCCACAGUGCCAAAUUACUACAUGAAUGAGAGCAUCAACAACAGUGACUCUUAUUUGCCACUGGAAUCCAGUGGCUCUGGGGCUCCGGGAGAAAGGAAACCUAGAAACCCAAUUCCCAGUAUGUAUUUGGAUGACUUGAUCGACAAUUAG